AUGGCAACUCGACGAGCUUAUGCUAGAAAGAAUGUGAGGGAGAAUGCUGAACAAGAAGCUCCUCCUCAAGCUCCGGUCAACCCAUUGGCCGAACAAUUGACUAAUGCGGAGUUUAGAGAUGCUUUUCAAGUGUUAGACCAAUCCAUGACAACUCAAGCCAAUAGGGAGGUUGCAGUUCCCGUGAACCCAUAUGUGGGUACGGUAGAAUCUAUAGUGAGGGACUUCACUAGAAUGAAUCCUCUGGAGUUUCAUGGUUCAAAGGUUGAUGAAGAUUCUUUAGAAUUCAUUGAUGAGGUCUACAAGGUGUUGAUGAUCAUGGGAGUGACUACGGCGGAAAAGGCAGAUUUGGUGGCUUAUCAACUUAAGGGAAAACUUAAGGAAAUGUCUAGGGAGACAAAGAGGGCUAAAAUCGGUGAUGGUUCCUCCAAUGCUCCUUCUAGGUUCAACAAAGAGAGGAUGUCUAACCCUAAUCAUGAAGGAGGAAAUGGUAGUGGGUCAUUAUUGCCUACUUGUGCUAAGUGUGGAAGAAAGCAUGAGGGUAAAUGUUUAGCGGGUUCCAAUGCUUGUUUUGGUUGUGGUAAAAUGGACCACAAGAUAAGAGAUUGUCCUUCAAUUGCUAAGAAUGAAGGAGAUAAUCGUCGAAAAGCUCUACCAAAUCCUUUCUCCGGUCCAAGCUAUUCGGGUUCAAAUACUCCCUAG